GAAAAAAAAAACUAAAAAAAUAUUUCUUUCUCAACUUGUCGAUCAGUGAGAGCGUCUCUGUUUUAGUGAAUUUCAUCGAAUUUGCAGAGGGGCUUACACAAUUUGAGAUUUCUCCUUGUCUUAAUAAUGUCCCAAGGAGAUUCCUUUAUUCAUCCUCGUUACGUUCUCUAUCUUUCUUAACUUCAAUUUUGCUUUUUGUAAUUCUAUUCCAAAUUAGCAAAUUUGGAGAAAUCUCGAUUCUUUUUUAAAUUUUCUUCAAUCCCCAUGUAUUUUUUUUCCUCUGUAUCAACUCUGACCCCGAAUGUAUAAGAUGAGACAUGAACCUACUAGUAAUACCUCUCCUUUGGAGUCCCAUCUUGCUUUCCCUGAGUUAGACCACCUCCCCUUGACGUCCCGGCGGAGUUUGAUGCUAUCCAAUGAAAGAAGAGUCUCUCAACCUAUCGCUGCUUCUUUGCCUGCAUCGAAUGUUGUUGAUAGUAUCGUGAAAAGGGAAGAAGAAGAAGAUUGCUAUUAUGAGCUGGGCGUAGUGUCAAAUUGUGAUGAUGCUACAGAACCAGCUGUAAACACAGAAAUUUUGGAAUCUACAAGCGUUGGUUGUAGUCAAGGUCUGGAUGAUUCUGGAAACGUAAGACCACAGAAGAACAUUUUAGUGUGUUGUAGUAAUGUGGAAGAGAAUGACAAACGACUGGAACAAAUCAAGGACACCCCAAGGAAUGGUGCUCUUGAACAUCUCACACUGAAAGAGCGGCGAAAAAUGCUUCUUGAAAGGGCUGCUAUAAGGUUGCCAGAAUCUAACUUAGAGGAUAAUACUAAAGAUUGCUAUGAAUCCAAUCUUUACAAAAUAAAAGCCGAGAUUUCAUGCGAUAAUGAGAUAGCUUCGUCUUCUGGUGUCCAAUUCAGCGGCUUUCUAGAAAAGAUUGAUUCUGUCCUCUGUAGAAAUUUUAGUAUAGGUUCAGAAUCUGGAAGUCAGCUUAGUGGAAUUCAAGAGAAUGAUAUUACGAUUGCUCACGAAAGUUAUUUUGAUUUGUCACCUGAAGCCAGUCCACAUGAGUUAUCCAGUACCAGGAGAGAUGAUGAACACUCUCAGUUAGGUAGCAAUGGAAAUCCAAGAAUAAGCGUGAAAAGAGUCAAAAGGAAUCCGCUGCCUUUGAAUAUGUAUGACAUGCAAUCUACUCAAGUAAAGACUGAUCCUUUGGAUGAUUGCGUCAUGGAGAACAAUGAUGAGAAAGACCCUGUCACCUCAGAACAGGUACAGGUCAAAAGAGAGGUGGAAACCCAUGGUGAAGCUUAUGAUGACAAUGAGCUAGAUUCUGUAAAAUUGAGCUUCCGCUUGAAUCGUUGUACAUCUGCUCCGAAGCCUUCGAGGUUUGUGAAAAACGAAGCAGAGACCGCUAGUGAAUUGGAUGAAGAUGAGAUAGACCACAUGAAAUUAAUUGAUCGAUUAAAGCUUCGAUCUUUUCAUGGUUCAGGUCAUCAUGAAGAGGUUAAUUCCCCGUCCUCAGGGUUUAGCUUCUGUACAUCUGAUGACUACGUUAAACCUUUGAGGAUAUUACGUUCUUGGAAGCGGAAGAAAACCGCCACGGACUCAAUCGAGACAGCUCUGGAGGAAGAUGCUCCUGGUCUUUUGCAGGUACUGGUCCAACAAGGGGUAUCAGUAGAUGAACUUAGGCUUUAUGGGGAGAACGAAGGUGCCAGUGAUUCCUCGGAUGAUUCACUUCUUGAGGAGAGCUUCUCGGAGCUCGAAGAUGUGAUCUCGCAGCUUUUCUACAAACGCCAGACGGGCACCACGAAAAUUAUUAAUUUAAGAUUCUCAAAAGCUUCAAGAACUAGCUAUUGCUUGACCUGUCUAUUCUCCCUCAUCGAACAGGCGCGGUAUUUGCGGUUUCGCAAAUGGCCUGUUGAGUGGGGAUGGUGCCGUGAUCUCCAGUCUUUCAUAUUCGUUUUCGAGAGACAUAACCGUAUUGUAAUGGAACGGCCUGAGUAUGGCUAAGCAACAUACUUCUUCGAGCUCAGCAACACUGCAUCAAUCAGAUGGCAAAUCAAACGUUUAGUAUUGGCCAUGAAACUUGCAAGCAGUGGGAGAUAUCAACUGAUUGAGAACAAGCCCUUACUGGUAGGGGAAGAUAUGACAGAAAGCGAAGCGGAAGUGCUGAUGAACUACGGUUGGGUUCCAAACACGGGACUAGGGACGAUGCUAAACUACCACGAUAGAGUUUUCCACGACAGGAAAACUCAAAAACAGACAUCGGAAUGGAGAUCUAAGAUUUCUAAGCUUCUUGUCGAUGGAUAUAACAGUGGAACCAUCGUCUCAACUCUCAUUGCUCCUCAUGAUGAUGAUGAUGUCUAUGAUGCCGGAUUUGACAUGGAAGGUGUUAAGCUUGAGCCUUAUUGAAGCUGUGUAUCUGUUAUAGAGUUAUUCGACUGUUGAUAUGAAACCUUUAAUUGUUCAUUUACUUCUUAUAAAUUCAAAAACGUUUGUUAUACUUUCGAUUUAUUUAUCAUCGUAAAAAAAACAAAAUGUUACGUUUAUUUGAUAAA